AUUGGUGGCUAUAUAGACAAGUCGGAUCCCUGGUCCUCCAACUCAUACCUGAAUCUAUUAGCAAGUUAUUCGAGAGUGUCAAACAGCACGGAUUGCUGGAUUUGUGGGACCAUAUCAUUCAGCGAGGAGAGCAGUUACCCAUAUGUUGGUGUUCCAUGGACAUUGGAGGAGUUAAAACAAUAUAAUAAUACAGGAUUCGGCUGGUACCGAGAAGAAGGAAAGCCACAAUCAUUGGACAGAUUGCAUAUUAUAAACCGCCCCCAGGAAGGUGCUAUUUGUAUCAGUUCACAUAACAACGGCGCCAAUGCCACUAAAAUGGGAUAUUCUAACUGUACAUCUGCCUGGGUAAAGGGCUAUGGUAAUGAACAACAUUGGGCAAUGACGGUCAAAGACUCCAGCCCAAUG